AUGGCAUCACAAUACCUCAGCAACAUGUUCUCCCUCGAGGGAAAGACCGCCAUCAUAACCGGUGCGACCGGUGGACUGGGCUCGGCCCUCGCCACCGCACUGGCCCAGGCGGGCGUGUCGAGCGUCGUCUCCAUCGAAGCGCCCAACGACCCGCUGUCGGCGGAUCUGAAGACCAAGGUCGAGAGUGUCAGCGGCAGCAAACUGACCGCCUUCCACUGCGACCUGCGCAACCCCAAGAGUCUGCGGGAAUGCUACCAGUCGAUAUGGAGCGCCGGCAUCGUGCCGGACAUCCUGAUCAAUUGCGCGGGCGUGAUGCGGCGCAACCUGUGCGAGAACGCCACCGACGACGAAAUCGAUCUGCUGGUCGACGUCAACAUGAAGGCCGUGUACAUCUCGAUGCAAGAGUUCGGGCGGAAGCUGUUCGCCCUCGGCCGGCCGGGCAAGAUCAUCAACAUCGCCUCCGUCACGUCGUACCAGGCCGGGUUCAACACGAGCGUCUACUCGAGCACCAAGGGCGCGGUGCUGCAGAUGACCAAGGCCUUCAGCAACGAGUGGGCCGGCAAGGGUAUCCAGGUCAACUGUAUCGCCCCCGGCUUCAUGCGCACCUCCAUGACCGCCCAGUACCAGGACGACCAGAAGAUGGUCGACUACCUCAUGCUGCGCGUGCCCAUGCAGCGCUGGGGCGAGCCUCAGGACCUGGUGCCCGCCAUGCUCUUCCUGGCCGCCCCGGGCAAUACGUUCACGUCGGGGGCUUGUCUGAUUGUCGAUGGCGGGUUUUGCGGCAAAUAA